AACAAUGGUAAUCAAGACUGAAAUUUGUCUCUUCUCCGGUUACAAGAUCUACCCAGGUCACGGUGUUAGAUAUGUUCCUUGCACUAACGUCCAAUCCACUAGACCAGUCUUCACUUUCGUCUCCAGAAAGGCCAUCAAGCUUUUCUUGGCUAGAAGAAAUCCAAGAGUUGUCAGAUGGACUCAACUUUACAGAAGACAACACAAGAAGGGUUCAGUUGAACAAUUGAAGAAGAACAAGAAGAGAAGAACCGCCAGAGUUGAAAGAGGUAUUGCUGGUGCUUCCCUUGAAUUCAUCAAGGCUCAAAAGAACCAAACUGCUCAACAAAGAGAAAAGAUCAGAACCUCCACCAAUGAUGCUCAAAAGAAUAAGAAUAUCAAGGAACAAUCCGGUAGAAAGGAACAACAAAAGGCUCAAAAGCAAAUGAUGAAGUCGCAAAUGAGAAACAAGAAUGUUAAGGCUCCAACUGCUACCUCCAAGUAAAUUAAAUUCCAUUUAAAAAUAUCAAAUUUAAA